AUGCCGCUUACCGUUCCGCCAGUACCUGCAAGCAUUGGCAAUCACAGCCAUGAUGCAGCUUUCGCAAAUCAAAUCCCAGGUGGUACACACAUAGACUGGCAGUCACCUAUGCCGGGCCCAGAAGCCAAUUCAAUGCAUCGCCCAAAUUACGCAUAUCCCGAUUCUGGAGCAAACGUUGCCCACAGCUAUAGCAACCCAUACUUUUCAAACUUUGCACCAGCCCCCCAACCGCCUCUUCCAUAUUACCCAACAUCAAGACGAAGUCAUUUUUCGGCUGCCUCCAUAACAACUAGGGGUUUUGGUGGUAUUCCUUCUCCUAACAGGCCCGCCCCUCCAUCGACUGGGUACCGCAGAUCUCAUCCGCGACCGCGUAGGCCAGCCUCAUCACGCGCAAUGACGACAGAAGUCGGGCGUGAAGACGAUGACGAAGGAUACUAUGGCCCUCCUGACUAUGUAGUCCACAGUCCAGGUAGCUCGGAUUCCUCUCCAGAGUCGGACGAAGGCUUUAUUCGGCAAAUGCAACUCGCAAGAGGCUCCGUGUCGACAAAGAUGGUGGCUUCCAAGAUGACACUCCGAUCACUUCAGAGUAUUGAGCUUGAAGAGUUACCGGAAGCAGACAGAAAUUGCGUUAUCUGCUAUAAUGACUAUUGUGUCGAGACUCCUGAGGGUGUUAAAGAAGCCCCUCUUCGCUUGCCCAAAUGCGGACACAUUUUUGGUGACCAUUGCAUCAAGAAAUGGUUCGAAGACUCGGAUAGCUGUCCCUACUGUCGAGACAAGCUUCAUGCGGAACCAAAGACACAGAGCGGCAAUUCUGCUAGGGCAUUCAUGAACCUCAUGAGGUCUAGAGGCCACAAUGCUCCUCCCGGACUGGCAGCUCAACAACUACCAGACGAGGUGAUAACUCAUCUCAGAGGUCACCCUACAGGUGCGGACCGACGAAAUGGCUCUCCGCCUCGCGCUAUAACAGCAGCAAGAAGAUCGCCACCAAGAGAAGGCGUCGAGCACCAGCACCGCCGAACUAGAGCACGCCAUGACAAUUCGAACGCACACAAUGCUCUACCGGUUCCCGAAUCCCGCAGCCGAGCAGUUUCCACGGAGAUGCCCCCACAGCCCACUGUGCCUGCUGUUGAACUACCCUCCAUUCGGCCGCAACCUGAACAAUUGCCAGUGGAAAGACAACCUCAGGAAUGGGGACGAGGCCACGCCCAGGACACGAAUGCAGUGUCGGCAUCAGCCCAAGAUCGCAGCGCAGAAACUCAAUUGCCUCCUGCGGUUUUGCCAGAGCUAUCUCCAUAUCCUUCACAGGAUGGGCAGGACCAACGCCCAAGAGCCAGGACUCUUCGAAACCCUUUGCAAAUGCAGACUGGCUCGCCGUACGAAGGUCUGGGAAACAACGAAACAGCACCAGAUAUGUCGUACCACUCAAAUCAGAGAUGGUAG